AUGGCCGAGCCCGUACCACAGUCCGACGAAUUUGACGUGCCCACAGCCGACGCCAGCACGCCCGACGCAGAGGAGCCCUCAGAGGAAAAGCUGCAAGAUCUGGUGGCCAAAGCGACAGCCGAGUAUGCCGUCAAGCACUACAAAGAUGCCGCCGAAUUCUACUCACAAGCUGUCGAAAUGCAGUCGAAGAUGAACGGCGACAUGGCCCUUGAGAACGCCGACCUGCUAUAUUCCUACGGCAAAUGCCUCUUCUUCCUCGCACAGCAAACCAGUAACGUCCUAGGCGGCACGGCAGCCUCUGCUCAAUUAUCAGCCAAGAAAGAGCCAAAAGCUAAGAAGCGCAAGACAAAUGGAGAAUCAAGCAAAAACGGGCAAUCCUCCAGCCUCAUCGGAGACGCCGUCGCAAACGCAGCAGAUGUCAUCCCCACAGAAGACAUCAAACCUGAGACAUCAACAUCAGACCAACCCCUGUUCCAGAUCUCCGGCGAUGCAGAAGGCUGGGACUCGUCCGACGAAGAAGACGCCGCCGAAGCCGAAGCCGACGAAGACGAGGAAGAGCAAGACGAUUUCGCUGACGCCUACGAACUGCUCGACCUAGCCCGCGUCCUCUACCUCCGCAAGCUUGACUCACUCGAACAAACCGCCCUCGAAGACAGCAAUAAGGGUACCUACGUCGCCUCCAUCGACCUCACCCCACCGGUCCGCCACGUCAAGUCACGCAUAGCCGACAUCCACGACCUGCAAUCCGAAGUCCUCCUCGAAGGCGAGAAGUAUGCCGCUGCCGUCGACGACCUCCAGAAGUGCCUUGCUCUCCAAGAGGAGCUUCAGCCUCCGGAAAGCAGCCUACUCGCGGAAUGCCACUACAAACUCAGUCUAGCCCUUGAAUUCAGCUCACAAUCACAAGAUCGAGACGCAGACGGCAAUCCUCGAGGUGAUAUCAAGAUCGACUGGGACGUCCGCAAUGAGGCAAUCGUCCAGCAGGAGAAGGCGAUUGAGUCGUGUAGAUUACGCGUCAAGAAGGAGACUGCACGGGCAGAGACCCUGCCAAAGGAGGAAUCAGACAAAGUCCUCUCUGAAGCAGAAGAAGUAUCCGAGAUGGUUGCUGAGAUGGAGGUCCGGCUAGCGGAGCUCCGGAAGCCGCCUGUCAAUGUCAAGGAAGAGCAGAUGAAGGAGGAGAUCGGCGGCAUUCUGGCAAGCGUGCUGGGUAAGACCCAGGACGAGCAGGAGGAGACAUUGGCCAAGGCCGCUGAAGGAGCAAGGGAUAUCGGAGGUUUGGUCAAGAAGAAGAAGCCCAAGAGCGCGUUGGCCGGGAACGGCAGCGGGGCCACGUCGGCAGCUUCGACGCCAGCACCUGAGACGAACGGACAUGGGAAGCGGAAAGUUGGGUUCAUGGAUGAGGCUGAGGACGGCUUUGGUGGCAGCAAGAAGGCGAAAGUGGAGGACGCGCCGGACUCUGGUCUAUGA